AUGAACCUAACCACGGGGAAUCCUCACGGGAAUGGCUUACUCUAUGCUGGUUUCAAUCAGGAUCAAGAACCUGUUUUGCUGAGGCGGUACUCUUUAGAAAGAUGUUUUGCUUGUGGCAUGGAAAAUGGCUUCAGAGUAUAUAAUUGUGAUCCUUUAAAGGAAAAGGCACGUCAUUUCAGUGAUGGAGGUCUGGGUUAUGUGGAAAUGCUAUUUAGGUGUAACUAUUUAGCACUAGUUGGCAGUGGAGUAAAGCCAAUGUAUCCAACCAAUAAAGUUAUGAUAUGGGAUGACCUGAAGAAAUCUCCAGCGAUUACUUUAGAAUUUAAUGCUCCUGUAAAGGGUGUUAAACUGAGAAGAGAUAGAAUAGUAGUCAUUUUAGAAGGUGUUAUAAAAGUUUAUACAUUCACACAAAAUCCUCAACAGCUACAUGUCUUUGAGACUAAUCCAAACCCUAGAGGAUUAUGUGUACUGUGCCCAAAUAGUAGUAAUUCCUUACUUGCUUUCCCAGGUAGAAAAAAUGGACACGUGCAAGUCAUAGAUUUGGCUAAUACAGAAAAGCAGCCUUUAAACAUAGAAGCACAUGAAACACCUUUGUCUUGUAUAGCUUUAAACUUACAAGGUACCAGAUUGGCUACUGCUUCAGAAAAAGGUACCUUGAUUAGAGUAUUCGAAACACAAAGUGGAAAUAUGAUUAAUGAAUUGAGGAGAGGGGUUAAUCAUGCGAACAUUUAUUGCAUAAAUUUUAAUCAUGAUUCUACUUGGCUGUGUGUAGCGAGCGAUCACGGAACUGUACAUGUUUUUGCCGUAGAAGAUCAAAAAUUGAAUCGUCAAUCUAGUUUAGCAUCUGCCACUUUCCUACCAAAAUAUUUCAGUUCAAGUUGGAGCUUUUGUAAAUUUCAAGUUCCAGGUGGCCCGCAAUGUAUGUGUGCAUUUGGGACUGAUAACAAUAGUAUUAUAGUAAUAUGUGCAGAUGGUAGUUACUACAAGUUUGUCUUCAAUAACAAAGGCGAAUGCACGAGAGACGUUUAUGCACAGUUCCUUGAAUUAUCUGAUGAUAAAAUGUGAUCAGAGAAC